AUUUGAUGUAGAUGUUCCUGGCAAUAUGGUUUACAAGGAGAGUAGUUUUACAACGGCAGGUGAUGCGAUUGUUGUGGAAGACAGUCCUGCUGGACGAUUAGGUCUCACAGUCUGCUAUGAUUUAAGAUUUCCUGAGCUCUACCAAAUGCUUCGCUUUGAACAUAAUGCACAGGUUUUGUUGGUGCCAUCAGCUUUUACAAAGGUAACUGGUGAGGCUCACUGGGAAAUUCUUCUCCGUGCCCGGGCAAUUGAGACGCAGUGCUUUGUUAUUGCUGCAGCUCAAGCUGGAAAACAUAAUGAGAAGAGAGAAAGCUACGGCGGAUCUCUUAUCAUUGACCCAUGGGGAACUGUUAUUGCUCGCCUUCCAGAUCGUUUAUCAACUGGGAUUGCCAUAGCUGACCUCAAUCUCUCGCAAAUAGACGCCAUAAGAACGAGGAUGCCAAUUGCUACGCAUGGGAAGUUCAGCAUUUCCUGGAAAUCCUCAUCUCCUUGAAUGUUUCUAAGGUUAGAUGAAUCACUCAAUGUAUUUGACAAUUAUGGAAGAUGGACAAUGAUUGGCAACAAAACUUUUAUUGAAACAAAACAAAGUUAAAAAAUUAAUUGGACCAUAUGUUGUUUAGUUUAAGAAAACAAAAUAUAUUAGCUGGGUAUUGUAAAAUUGUGUCCAAUUUGUGAGUCUGAUCGAGCGGCACCUUAUAAUAAUUGCUUUAGGACAAUUCAUCACAAUCUUAGGCUUCGUUUGGGA